AUGAGGCUUCUUCACACCACGACGCUCGAUCUCAAUGAGUUCAUCGGCGACGUUCCUCCAUACGCCAUCCUCUCUCACACCUGGGAAAAUGACGAAGUGAGUCUCCAGGACUUGUCAACCACUGCUGGGCGGUCCAAAAAAGGGUUCAAGAAGAUUGAGGCAUGCUGUGCACAGGCCCGUCGCGACGGUUUUGACUGGGCUUGGCUAGACACGUGCUGCAUUGACAAGACAUCGAGCGCCGAGCUCUCCGAGGCCAUCAACUCCAUGUUUCGAUGGUAUCGGCAGGCCAGAGUUUGCUACGUCUACCUGAGCGAUUUACCAUCUCAAUAUCCGGGGGAUGUCGAUCGCCGACAAUUUCAUAGUGUCAAAUGGUUUACCCGAGGAUGGACUCUUCAAGAGCUUAUAGCUCCCAGGGCUAUGGAAUUUUACGACCAGAACUGGGAAGAAAUCGGCACCAAGGUGUCUUUGCUCGACUUGCUACACGACAAGACGGGUAUUCGGCGCGACAUAUUAGACGGAACAACCAUCCAUACCGUUAUUCCCACCGGAGAACGUAUGUCUUGGGCUUCAAAUAGGAAAACCACCAGGCAGGAGGACCUUGCUUAUUGUCUCCUGGGCAUCUUCGGCAUACAUAUGCCUCUGCUCUACGGAGAAGGCUCGCAGUCGUUCAUCCGCCUUCAGCAGGAGAUUCUCCGCACAUCAGAGGACCUCAGCAUUCUGCUGUGGACAGGCUUUUCCCGACAGACGACCACAUGCGGCGUUCUGGCAACGGCACCCAGUGCUUUCAAGGAUAUCAAGAUGGUCGAUCUCCAGGGCCACAGAGUUGGUUUUCUAGUGACUUGGAGGUGGAAAUACGUGAUCACGUUACAGCCUUGGUCGGCGGACAUCAGUUGGCGCCGUGAUAUGCUCCUAAAUACGCCCCCCACCAUCACUAGCCGCGGUUUACAUGUCCAACUGCCGAGAACCCUGGUCAACGGAGGACUGUCCAGACUGAGCUUGCCCUACAUCUACUACGUCCCACGGGCCGAAAUCUGCUUUGACGACCCGCUUCCGAUGUACUUGAAGAUAUCGCACCAACAAGUCGAAGAGGAUUUCAGGGGACUGGACAUGUUCACCGUCUCGCUGGAGGACAACGAUCCGUUACGGAUUGGAAUUUGCAGGUCAACAAUCCCGCCCGGCACUUUCCUAGGACUGGAGGCAGAGGAUGAUGGGCUCGACGUUUUCAGGCUCCCCGAGUCGCACGCGCACCAAGUCGUUCUGCAAUGUUCGGUGACGCACCGUGAGUCCCCUCAUAUUUACAGCAGCAAGGUCACCGUUGCCGUCAAAGAAGUUCCGGGAGAAGACCGCCUGGGCUGCUUCAUCAAUACAAACGAGGAUGCUCAAGCUUCGAUUUGGGAGAUGAUUAGCUCCCAUUCUACAGGAAUCGACAACGAUAUUUCUCAGAAUGGUCUCCAGACCGAGGAUGAGGCUCGGAGAUGGUCGUCGGUUUCCCAGUUGGUCGGCGCGGGUCCGUGGUCGGACCGGUGCGCAAAGAAACUCCCAGGUGACCAGUAUGUACUGAUGGCUGCCAUUAAGAUGUCAAGAGGCAUCCCGGUGCUUGUCCUUAGGAUCAAAUCGCUUUCUCGCAGAUGA